AUUGUUAUGAUAAUUUGUCGAUAAAAUUCAUUUUAAGUACUGCUUAUAUAAUGUCUACUUCUUUAUUGAAAUAAUAAUAAUAGUAAAUUAAAGUACAAUUAGUCAACCAAAUCAGUUUACCGUUGUAUUUAGUUAAAUUGUUGAUUUUCAAAUAUGUCUGAAUAUCAUAAGGUUAGAGUUUCAAAAUUAAUUUUGAAAAAUGAAAAAGUUAAAAAAAAGAAGAAGAAAGACAAAUCAAAAAAUAAUGAUCCAAAAAUAAAUAAAGAAGAAAGUAUAGAUAAAAUUAGUCAUGGUAAUUGGGCAGAAGCUAAAAUAAUAAGUGAAAUAUCUGGUCCUAUCGCCCUUGAAUUUGGCAAUCAAACUUAUGUAACAGCAAUGGAUAAUGGUUUAUUUACACUUGGUCCUCCUCAUAAUGAAGGUGAUGGACCACUUCCAGAAGAAAUAUUAACAGCAAUAGCAAUAAAUGAAACCAGAGUAGCUUUUAAAUCUGGUUAUGGAAAAUACUUGGGUGUUGAUAAGGAUGGUACCAUUGUAGGAAGAUCUGAUGCUAUUGGAUUAUUGGAACAGUUUGAACCCAUUUUUCAAGAUAAUAAAUUAGCUAUAUUGGCUUCUACUGGAUGUUUUAUUAGUAUUAGAAAUGAAGAUGAUUCACUAGUUGCUAUGAGUAGAACGGCUGGCUCAAAUGAAAUAGUUAAAGUUAGAUUACAUGCUCCAGAAAAUACUGAAGAAGAGUCUAAUGUGUUAGAUGAAAAGAAAGGAAACAUUAAAGAUAUUGAAAAGAAUUAUGUAAAAAUGUUUCAAAAAUUUCAAGAUAAAAAGAUGCGAGUAAUAGAAGGAAAACAUAGCUUAUUGAAAAAAGCACAAAAAGAAGGGAAACUACAUGAAUCACUAUUAGAUCGUAGAGCAAAAACUAAAGCUGAUAGAUAUUGUAAAUAAAUUAUUGUAAAUAUAUUGAUGACAUUUUUACAUUUAACUUUCUUUAUACAAUAUUAUUAUCAUAUACUGCUUAAUAUUAACAUAUAUCAAUAAAGAUUCAUACUUUAAAA